AUGGCACCUUCUGAAUACUUCAUUCGGCUUCAACGAGGCAUUCAAGGAGGUUUCGCACCGCCAACGCCAGACGCAAUUUACACAAUAAACAAACUGUCCACCAAUACUUACCUUCUUAUCCACGGAAAUGUCCGUCAGGGUGGCUCACCGAAUUUGGAGGAAAUAGCCCCGAAAUCCCUCGAAAGUUCGCAAACAGACACAGAGGACCUCGUCAAUGAGCUACACGAUAUUUUGAAAACUUUGCCGACGGAGCUGCCACCGGGAUCAGAGGACAUAUAUGCCUUAAACACAAGCAUUGCUUGGGGUAGUGAUGAUUUAGAGUGGAACAACGGUGGUCCGGAGGGAUGCGGCGGGGGUACAAGCAGUGUGCAACCUACUCCUGAAGAAAAGUCUAAGUUCGAGAGAGCUGUUGAGAUUGUGGAUGCGCUGGUCAAGAAGGCAGCCUAA